AUGGUUACAAAAAUGGGAAAGAAAGAAAUUAUUCAAGCUGUCGUAGUGGCGGAUGAUUUUGUAACACACUUGACACCAAUAAAAGAUGUAUUGCCAAGUAUUUUAACACCUGUAAUAAAUGUAUCACUUUUAAAUUAUUUAGUAGAAACCUUAAUUAAAUCUGGUGUACAAGAAUUAUUUCUUUAUUGUAGUCGUCAUGUUCAUUUAAUAAAAUCACAGGUCAAAAAUUUGGAGAACUUAAAAAUAUCAAUUUCUUUGAUCAUAUCAGAUGGUUGCACAUCCUUUGGUGAUGCUCUUAGAGACAUUUAUACGAAAGGUUCAAUUCGUGGUAAUUUUAUACUUAUAAGAGGAGAUGCAUUUAUUAAUGCGAAUCUUGCAAGCCUUAUAAGUAAUCAUUGUGCAAAGCUAGAAAAAGAUAAAGGUGCUGCAAUGACAAUGGUUUUAAGAAACUUUGGUUCUAUGAAUGAUUCUCUUUUGAAAAGAGAAGCAUGUUUAAUAGUUUCUGAUAAAAGCAGUAAGAAAAUUCUGCAUUACAGUAAACUAAGAAAUGAUAAAAAGAAAGUUAAACUAGAAUUAAACUGGUUUUUGAAUCAUAGUGAGAUUGAAAUUAAUACUUGCUUUUUGGAUACACAUGUCUAUUUAUGUUCCCCUUCUGUGCUUCCAUUAUUCGUUGAUAAUUUUGAUUUUCAAACAAUGGAAGAUUUUAUCCGUGGAGUGCUGAUGAAUGAAGAAAUUUUAAAUUCUAGAAUUUAUUGGCAACAAUUAAAUCCUGAAGAUUAUAGUCUGCCAAUUAUGUCAUGGAAAGCAUACCAUACUCUUAAUCGUGAUAUUUUAAACAGACAUUGUUUUCCACUUACACCAAAUGCUGUUCCAUGUUUGACAGGUUUUAUUUGUAUGCCAAGAUAUACAUAUAAACAUAAAACUGCUACACUUUGUAAAGGUUCUAUAUUAGAGAAAGACAGUAUAGUAUGUCGAAACAGUAUACUUGGAAAUAAUACCUCUGUUACAAGAUCUGUUAUUGGUUAUAAUUGUUUGAUAGGCUGUAAUGUUACAAUUAUGAAUUCAUAUAUCUUAUCAAAUACUAAGAUUGAAGAUAAUUGUACUGUUACAGAUACUGUAGCAUUUCCAGUAUGUUUUAUUGGACAAAAUACACAAAUAAAUGGAUGUAUAUUAGGUCCUGAAACAAGUAUCGACACUCCAACAGAAUAUACUGAUUCUGUUCUGCAAACAACGAAUAACAAACUCAUAGUAAAGAAAAUAUCAGAAAUCGAUACAGAUAACGAAUUUCAGUAUUUUAAGGAGUAUGAUACAGUGGAAUGUGAUAAUUAUUCUACAGAUACAACAACUAGCGAUGAGGGUUCCGUAUGUCAUUCACCAGUUCCAGAUGAUACAAAUAUGUUCUUAACUGAAGUUAUUGAUAGUUUACUAAGAGGUUUCCAAGAUAAAUUAAAUUGUGAAAACUUAAUUUUAGAAAUAAACUCAUCAAGAUAUGCAUACAAUAUUACCAUGAGUGAAGUGAUAUAUAAUGUUAUUAAAGCCAUAUUAAGUUUACCUUUUCAUUAUCUUUCAGAAAGGAAAGAAACUGUAACCAAUCAAAAUUAUGAGAAGAAUUUAUUAAUUAUGAUAAAUUAUUUUCAACCAAUUAUUUUAAAUUAUGUCAAAACAGAAGAUGCUCAAGAAAAUUGUUUGCAUGCUAUAGAAGAAGUUGCAAGUACAACUCAAGAAUUACUACCAUUUUUACAACGUUUGUUACAUCUGUUUUAUUGUAAAGAUGUAUUAUCGGAAGACAAAAUUUUGGAGUGGUACGAAUCUAAUGAUAAAGACAUAGAUGAAUUUCAGAAGAAUAAAGUAAGAACUGCAAUAAAACCAUUUAUUAAGUGGUUGGAAGAAGCUGAAGAAGAUUCUAGUGAAAGUGGAAAUGAUUAA